AUGGGUGCAACUGAAAUUCUGCCGUAUCCUCGUCGUCGGUCAUCAGUACAACUUGAGCCUAUUUCAAUGAACUUGCCAGGCGAAACGCUCUCCAUUUCUCCACCAGUUAAAACGUCGUAUGCAAAUCUCAUGACAAAUGGAUCCUCCACUUCCUCAGAAGACACUACGUCGAAUGUUCGCACGUUAAAUCCUAUUAAAGUGGGAAGCGCAAUGAGGCCUCGUUGCAACAGUGAGACACGAUGUCGUUCAUGUGAUGGACCAGAAAGAACACGACAAAACUCUUUAAUUCCUGGAGAAAAGGGUAGACCCCGAGAAGCAUCCAGACGACGUAUUUCUGUCAAUGAUGAUAACGAUAUUGAAACGACAGCUCAAUUCAUCGAACGAAUACGAAAAGAACUGAUAGCUCAGCUUUAA